UUCGAUCCUGGUGCAGGCACAGACCCUCCAUGCAGCUCUGAGCCAUAGGAUGAUCGAUGGAUCCACGGAUCUGAGCCGUUCCAUGGACUUCGCGUCGUUCGCUCUGAGCCAUAGGAUGAUCGACUGAUUAGACACUAACGGAUUCCGUCGCACCUACCCCCUUGGAGGUUCAAGUCCGAAUCUUCUAACACCACAAAAUUCAAAGCUGUGGAAAUAUGGUCUUACUGAAAAAUCAGUAUACAACAGCAAAGGAAAAUCUAAUCCAACGGUGAUAUGCUUCUCAACCUCACGUCGCCCUACCGAUAUGAUUAGGUCAAACCCGGGUAUCCUGGUCCGCACGCGCCAUCUAACUCCACACGGCACGGUCGCAAUCCUCUAGAACUCCGGCUCGUGCUUACUCACCUUCCGAGUUUGAACCGAAGACCAUGCGACCCUGUAAAAUCCCCAACCCCAACUUCCCACUCGAUCACCAAACAAACAAGAAUCCCUUCCUUCGUUUGACGAGCAGCAGCAAUGAAUCGUUCGUACCAGACUGCUUGAUCAAAGCAUCCGUCAGAGAUCCAUGGCGAUGGAGAGGUUCUUCACGACGCUCGUCUUCUGUGAGGCGCCGCUAGACGGCUAUGGCACAUCGGUGCUCACCGCCGGCACGGUCAAAAGGCUGGUCUCUCGUGGCGGCGAUGCGACCGAGCCGGCGGUGGCUAACAAGCCAGACGCUGAGAAGGAGCAGGGUUUCUUCUCUGGCAAGCCGACUUCCGAAAGGCGCGCUGCUUUCGAGCUUGCCUUCGACGGCGUCAAUUGCUUCGACACCAUGGUUAUGCACUAAGCAUGUUAGUUAUCUUGAUUGAAUUUGAGCUGUAUGUAAAAACUCGGAUCAGUUAGAAAUUACUAGAAUGCUUGACGCGGACGUGGACUUGUGAUUUUUUUUUGUUCAUUCGAUUGUAUUGUACUGUUCGACUGGUCCAUAAGCAUCAGUACAAAUGACAGGAUCUUAAAGUGGAUAUCUAGUAGUAUCAGUUUGUAGCUUGGGUUCAGAGUUUAUGUAGAUCACAUCAUAUUCAGUCAGCCUGUGUUUCUGACUAUAUAUCUUGCACACACUUGGCGGAGGAACAAUGCAAUUAAGAGGUGUGGCUCUGCUUAACACGAUGUUGAAUAUCUUCUUCCGUCUCUUGCCUUCCGCCAGUCUCUACCUGAAAAUUAGACACGCUCCCCCCUCCCCUCCUGCGUGGCUCUCGCGAAUGACCGGGGGGAACCCUAGCCGCCCAACCCUGACCCCCUCUCCUCUUCCCUUCCUCCUCGCCGCCACCCAGCGACGCCGUCGGACGAAGCCCGGCCGGUGGUGGCAGCGGCGGGAGCCUCUUCUCCCCCAUCGUGCACCAUGGCUGGCGCGAGACGUCCGAUCGAGCGGGGGCGCUGGGCUAUGGCUGGGCCGGCGGCGUGCUCAGUGUUCGACGGCAGGGAUGCCUGGUAUGUUAGGAAAUUGUGGGCUAUGCGGUCUACCCUCUAAUUCCUCUGCCUUUUCCGU